GAAAGUGUAGUUUGUCAAAUGUCCGUUCUAAUACACGACGACAUAUACAACGAGAAAGGAAGAAAAGGGGACUUUUCAGUUUUCAGCCAUAAUUGUUGCAACCCAAAAACAUGGCGGAAUUCUGAAAAAGCUCGAAUCUCGAUCAAAAAACUACGCAUUUCCGCGAAUAAUUUCUCCUUUGAAAUCAUAGAAUCACAAUCUUACCUAAUUUCUUUUUCCUUUUCUCUGAUUUGUGUAUCGGAAGUUUGAUCAUGGAUGAACAGUACACUAAUCUUCCAACAAGCCAUUUACUUGGCUCAGUUCCAGUACGCUGUUGUAGCUGAAGAACGGAAGGGUGAGUCGUACACGGCGCCCCAAGCGACUUUGCAAAGCUUUCCUCCACACCAAGGUGGAGACAGGGGACCGGGAUAUCAGAAUCUUGGAAAUUCAAGUGAAGGAGGUGGGCCACCACCUACAAACACUUGGCAGGGAGUCUUUAAUAUCUACUCAUACACACAAUACUUCAACGUGGAUACAGACAUUGUUAUUAAUAGAUUGCUGAGUUCAUUGGAUCCUCGAAGUGGUGAUUUCUUUAGCAAGAUUGAGGCAAAUCCUGAUCUGUAUGGGCUUAUUUGGGUCUCCACGACUUUGGUAUUUGUGAUUGCAGCUCUAGGAAAUUUAGCCACCUACUUAAUAGGGAAUUCUUCCUGGAAUUUUGAUGUCAGCUUUAUGAGUUUGGCUGCCAGUACAGUGUAUGGGUAUGCAAUUGUGGUGCCAUUGGCGUUCUAUUUCUUGCUUCAGUAUCUGGGAUCGCCUGCCAGCGUUGUACGCUUCUGGUGCAUGUGGGGUUAUUCUCUCUUCAUCUUCGUUCUAAGUUGUUUUUUGUUGGUAAUUCCUCUGGAGUUCCUCCGCUGGGUGAUUAUACUCCUAGCAAGUGGUGUUUCAGCCUGUUUUGUUGCCUCAAACCUCAGGACUUACGUUGAGGGGAAUGAUCUCAUGGUGGUUUUGAUAGCUGCAUUUCUGUUGCAAUUCGCUUUAGGACUCUUUAUCAAGGUCUGGUUUUUCACAUAGAAUUUCUUGCCUCAUCUGAUGAUGGAUCUUUUCAAGAUUGAAUUUUUGGGGAGAGAUUUGCUUGUGAACAAACAAUCUGACCACGCCAUGACCUAUAGAAUUUGUUUUUUCCUUCUUUCCUAGUUAUUUUUCCGUCUUUUGUUGUUGUUGUUGUUGUUGUUGUUGUUGUCGUCAUCGUCGUCAUAUUGUUAGUUUUUUUUUGUGUUCUGAAAAGCCAUCAAUUUAGGUAUGAAAGCUUGGGGUAAGUGGUAGCAGACUGGCAGAACAGGAAUUGUAUUUCUUUCUGCGUUGUUAAUUUUGUUGUCGUCUUUUUUAUCUGGGUGGCUUUAUCUAUUUUUUUAUCUGGAUUCUACACUAUCUUGUAAAUAGAAUUUACUCAAGUGAUUUACUGAGUGAUGAGUGACUGUUGGUAUAUCGCAUACUUUAAUGGCUA